AUGGCUACCUGUCUUGUUCUGUUCACCAAAGCAUUAAAACAUUGUUGGCUAGACUCAACACUCUCCAACAAGUCAGUGCCAGCAACUUCUUGCUGGCACUCAAGUUGGCAAGCAUCUUCUGUGGGGGAGGACAUGACUCAAAACAGCAUACUGAAUCAUAGUAGAGCCCUUGAGGGUGUCCAUGGAGUCCAAGUGGCACCUCAUCCACCAUUUGGCUUGACAGAAACAAAUCAAGGUGGGGACUUUCGUACUUCAACAGGCCAAGCGUCAACUACUGAAGCAAAUCAGCUGCUGCUAAUGCAAAGACUGUGGCAACAGAGACCAGCAUGCUUGAGACCCAUCCAUUGUAGUAUUAGUUGUCAUGGUGAUCAGACUCUUGCUGAAACAGUUGCUAAUGUGCUUACCUCAAUUCCUUUUAUAGCUCUUGGAAUCCAUGCCCCCAGGAAGAAUGCUAGUUCCAAGUUGUAUGCUAAUUCACUAAUUGGAGUUGGAGUGGCGUCAAGCAUGUACCAUUCUUCAAGAGGAAGGAUGAGGAAAUUUUUGAGAUGGGUUGACUACACAAUGAUAGCCACAACAACUGUUUGUUUGUCAAUGGCCCUCAGAAAUGAGAAUCCAAAGUUACUGAUGGCAGCGUCUGCAAUAUUUCUUCCAGUUAAUCCAAUGAUGGUUUCAGUUAUUCACACUGGGAUGAUGGAGGUAGCAUUUGCUAAGAGGGCAUUGAAGGAUCCAGACUUGAGGAUGGCUCACACAGUGCAUAAGAUGUCGUCAUUACUUGGCGGUGUGUUUUUUGUAGCUGAUGAUUUAUUUCCUAAGACUCCUUACCUUCAUGCUGCAUGGCAUCUUGCUGCUGCUGUUGGUGUAGGCACUUGCAAUAAGCUUCUUGAGUAA